AGUUCAGUUGGAAAGAUAGAUACAUCGACGAAGCUUCAAACCAGGUACCAAAAUGAGCGAUAACGAGCUUUCAGACGCCGUUACCCAAGUCCUUUUGGAGCUGUAUCAACGCCAUGGCAUACCUAUGGUCUCGCAACCGAUGGUCGGAGUUGGGGAGAAUGCCUACGGACAGGUUCUCCGGGUGAGUUGGCCUACGAUCGCGGACGCAGCCACCGUGGUGGUCAAAAUGGCGCCUAGGAACGAGGCCCGAAGAUCCCAUAUGCACGUCGUGGACUACUAUGCUCGCGAGGUCUUCAUGUACCAGGAGGUGUUCCCCGUUUUCCGGGCGCUAUCUCCAGAUCGUAACACUUUCACCGUGGCACCGGCCCUACAGGCCAAUGACUUGAAAGCUCCCGAUGAGUUCUUGAUAUUCGAGGACCUGUCCGAGAGUGGAUUUCGGCCCAAUUCGCGCAGUAUCAUGCCUACCUACGACAUCGUGGUCUGCUCCCUGAAAGCUUUGGCGGAGCUACAUGCAUGCUCCUUCAUCCUGCAGCAGACCGAUCCCUUGCAGUUCAAGCAGUUGGUGGAGUUCGUGGAGAAGGACAACCUAUUUACACCCGACAUUGAGGAGGUCACAAUUGAGUUUGGAAAGGCGCAGUUGCGCAGGGCGAGAAACAUUCUGAAUGAAUCCGAUGGCGACCAAGUGGCCGCGGUCCAGGAAGUCCUGCAACUGUGUGAAAAGCAGCUGAAAUCCUUGGCUCUUUACUGUGUGGAUGGAAAGGCGCAGGCGCCACAUGCUGUUAUCUGUCACGGUGACUUCUGGAAUAACAAUAUUCUCUAUAGGCAUGAGCCCAAUUCUGAUCAACCUGUGGAGGCCAAGCUGAUCGACUUUCAAAUGUCUCGCUAUGCUCCGCCGGUACUGGAUAUAGUCCAUUACCUGUUUGCCUGCACGGAGAAACGAUUGCGGGACGAGCACUUCCCCGCCUUCAUGGAUGCUUACUACAACACGCUGGACCAGAAAUUGAAGUCCUGCAAUCUUUCCCUCGAGGACAUAUAUCCGCGCAGCGUCUUCAAUCGACAAUUGCAACUGUACGGUGUUUACGGCUCGAUAAUGGGUGCAUUUUCUCUACCCUUUUUCAUUUCCAAUGCCAACGAAGUAAUUGAUAUCGACACGGUUUCCGAGGCCAUCCAGAGUAUUUCGACAUCCUCUGAUGAACCCAAGUACAAGGAGCUGAUUGAAGAAUACGAAAUUCUUAACGCCCGGACUUUACCGAUUUUCAAGCGGCGAAUCACUGGUAUCGUCGAGGAUCUUAUAAAGUACAACAUGACGGAGCCGCUAUUCAAACUGGAAUCCGAGCCAAUUGCUAAAGUAUUAUAGAUAAUAACAUUAAUAGAAAACUUCCCAUAGAAGUUAAGGGUGUAAAUAUGUUGAGUGUAAGCGAGGCACAACUAAAGCUUCUGCCAGUAUA